AUGGAGGAGAAAGUUGAUAUGAAGAUCAAGCAAAUGCUGGAGAGCGAUAUAAUUGAGCCGGCGGUCGGUCCACCGGAGUGGAUUUCACCCAUGGUGGUGGUUCCCAAGGGGAAUGACGAUAUACGUCUGUGUAUCAACAUGAAGUAUCCGAAUGAAGCAAUCCAACGAGAACACUACCCGUUACCGAUGAUUGACACGCUGCUUAACAAGCUUCGAGGAUCGACGUGGUUCUCGAAACUGGACAUCACAUCAGCCUUCCACCAUGUUGAACUGCACCCUGACUCUCGUGGAAUCACCACUUUCAUGACGAGCAUGGGUUUGAUGCGGUUCAAAAGGCUCACCUUUGGGAUUAAUGCUGCGCCCGAAAUGUUUCAGCGUAUCAUGUGUGGAAUGCUUGCGGGAAUAGAAGGAGUUAUCGUGUACAUCGAUGAUAUUGUCGUUUUUGGCGUGACCAAGGAGGAGCACGAUGGAAGGUUGGAGGAAGUGAUGGCGGUUCUCCGCGAAAACAACGCAACUCUCAACAAGCAGAAGUGCCUUAUCGGUGUCAGGCAGUUGGAUAUUCUCGGCUACAACGUUAGCGCUGCUGGAAUCAGCCCGUCCGAAGAGAAGAUCGCAUCCAUCAGGAACUUCAGGGAGCCCGAAUCUAAAGAGGAAGUUCGAAGUUUUCUAGGCUUGGUCAACUUCGUUGGGCAGUUUAUUCCGCACCUAUCAACCAGAUCGGAGCCGUUGCGACAAUUUGUGCGAGGAGAUACUGACGUGUUUGGAGAUAGCCAGCGAAAAGCUUUCGAUGAUCUUCGGAACGAGCUUUCUAGUACUGUUCGCCGAUUGGGAUUCUUUGAUCCGAAGGAUGACAUCGAACUGUACGUUGAUGCCUCUCCGGUGGGACUAGGGGCCGUGCUCACUCAAAGGAAUCAGGAUAACACUCCGCGAAUUGUAAGUUUCGCGUCAAAAGGCUUGACGAAGGCAGAGAGAGUUUAUCCGCAGACCCAACGUGAAGCCCUGGCGGUCGUUUGGGCUGUGGAGAAAUUCUACUCGUACUUGUUUGGCACGUUCUUCACCAUCUAUACGGACCACAAAACCCUGGAAUACAUAUAUGGAGGCAAACAUCGAGACGGCAAGCGAGCCUGCACAAGAGCAGAGGGCUGGGCGCUUCGCUUGCAACCGUACAGAUUUCGCAUGGAUCACAUUCCAGGGUCAAGCAACAUUUCGGACAUCCUGUCACGCUUGUGCCCGCCUUCAGAUGAACCUUUUGAUGAGGAAUCGGAGCACUAUCUGUGCGCUGUUAGCGAUGAAAUUACGGCAAUCACAUUAAGUGACAUCCGGGAUGCUACGACCAAGGACGAAACGCUGCUUGCGGUCAUGGAAGCGAUAAAAAGCCAAAAUUGGCCUUCCAUGCUCUUUCAAUAUCAAGCUUUCUCAAAGGAACUCGGCAUACUGGAUGGCAUCGUUGUUCGAGACGAUCGAAUCGUGCUACCAGCGAGCCUCAGGCCGAAGGCUCUGGAUAUUGCUCAUCGAGGCCAUCCAGGCAUAGUGAGCAUGCGGCGCCGGCUCCGCGAGAACGUAUGGUGGCCGUACAUGGACCGUGAUAUUGGAGAUCGUAUUGAAGAAUGUGCUGGAUGUGCCGCUGUGAGUGUUCAAGGACCACCAGAGCCCAUGUGUCGGAAGGAAAUGCCCGAUCGCGCGUGGCAGGACAUUGCCAUCGAUUUCUUCAGUGCAAAGGAUUGCUGUACUUUCCUGGUGAUUGUUGAUUACUACAGCCGCUUUCUGAAGGUGAUAGAAAUGAACGGAACAACUGCUGGGAAAACCAUCGAGGCGCUCCAAACUGUUUUUGAUGAACAAUCCUACCCGGAAACCAUACGGUGCGAUAACGGCCCGCCCUUUUCGAGCGAGGAAUUCGCACAGUAUUGCUUACGUAAGAACAUCCGACUGGUCCGUACGAUCCCUUACUGGCCACAAAUGAAUGGAUUAGUUGAACGCUUGAAUCAGGGCAUUCUGCGCUCCAUGCGGAUUGCAAGAGCAACCAGUAUCAGCUGGCGUACUGCAGUAAAGGAUUACGUCCAUAUGUACAACACCACUCCUCACACUAUGACGGGAAAGGCGCCGUUGGAAUUGCUAACGGGAAGACCAGUUAAAGACCUGCUACCAUCGCUGCGAACUGAGCCUUAUUGGAACCGGGAUGAGAAUGUCCGUGAUGAUGACGCCAUCAAGAAGAUGAAAGGAAAGCUUUACGCUGAUAACCGUAGACAUGCAAAGACGUCCGAGAUAGCCGAAGGGGAUACAGUAUUGCUGCGGAAUUACGAAAAGGGGAAGCUGGAGCCAAACUUUAAUCUCGAAAAGUUCAAGGUUGUUUCGAGAAAUGGCACUGAUACCAUCGUGGUCAACGGAGAUGGCGUAACUUACCGCCGUCCGGUGGCACACCUGAAGAAGUGGGUCGAGCCGACGCAAACAGGAAGAAUGCAGGCCGAGGAAAAUCCACCAGAGAGCGCUGCAACCGAGAAAUCUAGAUUGCCAAGCCGGGAACAUACUCCAACGAUCGAUGAUUCGGGUUCUAGUCGACCCAAGAGGGCUAGGAAGCUGCCAGCGCGGUUCAGCUAAUUGGUAGAAAGCACACAAGGGAUGUAGAGUCGAGAAUCAGCCACUUUACCCUAGGUCGAGAGUGAGUUGGCGAGCGAGAGCGGGAGAUUGACGAGAGAGGGAGAGGGAAGCGGGCUUGACGAGAGAACGGUAAAAGUGCUAGAGUUAGUUGCUCACGAUCAAUUGUAGAGAACGGUUGAAUAAAAUUAGUUGGUGCGUGCGAGUCAAAAGUGAUUU